UUUCAGUCUUCCAGAAUCGAAGCAUUGUGCCCUCCUUCCUAGUCUCUCGCAUCGCGUUUCAAAACAAGCUGAAAGCAAUGGCCACUCUAGCAGCGGCUGCAGCUCGUCGAGCUGCUUCUUUGAAUCGUAUUUCAUCGCCGAGAACGCCAAUUCAAUCCGCCAACCUCAUCCAUAAGCGUGGUCUCGCCGGUGCCGCGGAUCACCAUGGUCCCCCAAAAGUUAACUGUUGGCAAGAUCCGCUGAAUCCAUCUAAAUGGAAGGAAGAGCAUUUUGUAAUUGUUUCUUUAUCUGGCUGGGGGUUGCUCUUCUUUGGUGGAUACAAGUUCUUCACUAGAGGCAAGGGCAAGAAAGAAGAGAAAUUGAUGGAGGCACCGCAGUGAAGUUUGGAUAUUUACACGUCCUAACUGUUGCUGAUAAUAAUGUGAAUGCGUGGACUUCUGCUUCCCCAUGUUUUUCCGGUCUUGGUUUUGUUGGCUGGCAAGCAAUCCUACAUGUGGCUAGUCAUCGAUGAAUCUUUGAAAAUGAUGAACCUUGGAAGAUGAUUCUUGCCAGAACUGUAUUUGCUACAUUUCAUUCACUAAAUGUUUGACGGUUUUCUACUAAUAAUUUACGAAUACUUCUGCUUUUGUAAGAAAUUAAUUUCAUUGACAUGAACUACAACUGUUGUCGUCUUAUCGCGUUGUUUUAAAUGAGCCUACCAAGCUCAGCCAAGACAUAGCAUGUUAAUUGGAACAAAAA